UGUGGCGUAUGUGUCCACUGCUAGCAGUAGGUGUGUUAAUGUAGGUCUACAGUCUACAGCUUUGUGAUGUCAACUUUUCCCUUCCUGCCAUUAGAUAAUUUUUACCUUUUAUAAACACAUGAUCUGUGGCAUGUGAUGUACUUAUUCGCUAGAAUUUGUAGAAAAGCCUGCUGAUCUAGAUCCAGACGGCUAUCAUCAAUCAUAAUCAAAAGCGAGAAAUAAUGACAGAUUACGAACAAAACAUUGAGGCUGAAUUUACACACACAGCAUUGUCGUCUGUUGAUAAUGAAGUAGCCUGUCUCACAGUUUCUGAAUAAAGUUAGCAAAUAGCUAGAUUCUACGUUUCUAAAGCCCCAGAUCAACAUCAUCAACCUGUGGAUUAAAAAGUGGAACUAGUUUCAGAUACUCCAUAUAAAAAUAAUUUAGAUCUCUCUAGAUCCAGAUAUAGAUCUAGAAGAGGAAUAAUCAGUUGGUCUUAUGUAAUAUUAUGACGUCAAAUGGCAAUUAUGAGGAAUAUGACUAUAACCAGCCUCUGUUAUCCAGUAAGCCUUCAAACAAUGAAGACGAACCAUUGGAAAGACUUUACUAUGAUUCCAUUUCUCGGGUAUCACCAACACCUGACCCCAAGGUCUACCCAGGGGAAGUAAGGGAACACCCACUUGUUUUACCUGAUAGUGUAGACUCAAAUCAUAAUGUGGAGGAUACCAACAGUAUACGUUUGUACAAACGGAGGUGGUAUGUUUUAAUACUGUACAGCACAUACACCUGUUUCCAAAGUACAGUCUGGAACACCUGGGGACCAAUCUCUAACAGCAGCGAGGAAGCUUUUGGCUGGACAGAUGAGACCAUUGCUUGGCUCAGCAACUGGGGGCCACUGACUUAUGUCAUAUUUGGAUUGUUUUAUCCGUGGCUCUUACAUGUCAAAGGUAUUCGGUGGGCUGUGAUAUCCAGCAUGUUUUUUGUUACACUUGGUGCAGCAUUUAGGGUUAUAACAUCUGACCCUUUUCCUGCAACUAUACUCAUACAUAUUGGUCAGUUCUUUUGUGGAGUAGGGGGACCAGUCUCUAUGGGCAGUAUUCCAGCCAUCUCUGCUACAUGGUUCCCCCCUAAAGAGAGAGUGUCAGCAACAGCUAUCAGUGCUUGUAUCAAUACGCUUGGUGUGGCUGUUCCGUUUGUUGUGGGGCCAGCUCUUGUGUACACUAGACCUCCUAAUGCAACAAAAGCUUCCAUGACAUUUGGAAAAAAACACAAUGAUGUUAUGAUAGAUUUAUCCUCACUAGCAAAUGUUACAGAAAGAAUUAAAGAAGAAAGACAGGAAAUAAUGGUGUAUAUGUAUUACCAAUGUGGGGCAUGUGUUCUUCUUCUGUUGUUGUUCCUCAUCUACUUCCCUGAAAAACCACCUCAUCCCCCCUGUCCAUCAGCUGUUGUUCACAGAGAAAACUACUGGACUGGUCUGUGGUCACUACGCAAGAAGGGUCACUUCAUUUUGUUGUCUGUGAUUUAUGGUGUGUCACUGGGAGUCUUAAACAACUGGAGUAGUGUAUUAAAUGUCAACCUUGAUCCGUUUGGUAUAGAAGAAGAUGAAGCAGGUUGGAUAGGAUUUUAUGCAACAAUUGGAGCUUGUGUAGGAACAUUAGUUAUCGGAAAAUUUGCUGAUCACUUCGCCAGGAGUAUGAAGCUGUUUAUACUUGUGACAUUUCUGUUAGGGGCUGCGUGUUUUGUUGUAUUUGCACUGGUGCUCAUAAAAGUUAUUCCAUUUUCUAGCGCUGUUCUUUAUGUGACAGUUAUUGGAGGUAACACACUGAUCAAUGCUGCUGUUCCUAUAAUUUAUGAGCUGGGGUGUGAGCUGGCUUACCCCACCAGUGAAGGGGCAGCAAAUGGACUUUUAACAUUGUUGAAUAAUUUAGGAGGCCUCAUUUUUCUGGCCAUCUUCUUCAUUCCUAAUGUUGGUACCAUGUGGAUGAACUGGACUGUGAUUGGCUCCAUCAUUGUGUGUUUACCCAUGAUUGCUGUGUUGAAGAGUAGGUUUAACAGGCUUGAAGUUGAUGAAGGAGUACAGACUCAGCCGUAUUUGGAGCAGACCUAUACCAUACAGGCGUAAUAAUUUAUUCAUUCUUAAAAUAAAUUUGGUUCAUGGUUAUAGUAUUUUCAAACAUUUUCCCAACAUUUUUUUGAUUGUAAAAAGACAAAUUUGUAAAUUCAUUUAUGUUAAAAACAGACUUUUCUUUGACCAACAAGGUUUAUAAAAAUGUCAGUAUUUACUUUUUUUAACAGGUGAAUUUUACUUCACCUGCCAGAUUUGAAAGGUAACUUUCCUUACCUUUUUUUUAUUAUGUUUAACAUGAAACAAUUAUUUAUUAUGACAUGCAUUUUAUAAGUGCAAUAAUUUUUAAAAGAAAUAACAAGACUUGUAUUCAUCUGUAAACAAUUUAAUUUUGUGAUAAAUCUUACACCUAAAGCUAAACAUUUUUUAGUAUUUAAAUUCUAUUUAAGCAAUCUGAUUUUUUUAAUAGACCAAUGUGGGCUAUGUACAUUCAUAUUCUUCUAAAAAAAUUUUUUGUAGAUUAGAUCAAAAUUGUACUUAAUAAAUGUAAAAGAUUUCUACUAUGGACAUUGUAUGUGAUACUUACAACUUUUUAUUUCUAUAUUACAACCCUUCCAUAUUGUUAGCACAACAGUGUUUACUAAAUGACAUAAUUACAGAACUGUCAUAUUUCUGUUUGUAUUCUUGAUCAUUUGGGAAUACCACUGUUAGUAGUGUUAGUCUACCAUUGUUUUUUUCAUUGACAAAUCAGCUAAGAUCAUGUUCAGAUACCCCCAUCCAUUUGUAGGAAUACAUAUAUAUCUGUCUACCACACAACCCUAUUUCCAUGAUAUAUAUACAUCUUAUUCUAUUUAAAUUUCAGAUGCGUUUCUUUAAAUAUAGCUGUUUGUAGGUCAAAAUUUUACUUAAUAUAAACCACACAUGAUAUACAAUACAUAUAUAAUUGUUUUUUUUUACAUGAAAUAUCUUUAACUAGUUCUAUCAUGUUGAUGGUUGCCUGAUUAUAAAAUAAAAUUAGGCAAAUUAAUGGAUAUUGCUGUAAAAUAAUUACAAUUAUGUGAUAGCAUAAUUGAUUGGUUAGACACCUUACCAACUCUUAUGUCAGUAUUUCAUUUGCUAAUUCAACCAACAGUAUUGGGUAACCAACUCAAUUUACAGAAAGAAAAGGCAGUGCUUACCAUAGUCAUUUCAUAUGCCAUGGUUAAAAUAUUCCAACUUUAAUUCAUGGGAUCUAUUUAUCAUCAGGUCUGAGAGGUUGAUUAAUUUAUUUACUUUUUCUAUUACUAUUACUUUUCUCCAACACAAAAAAAAAAUGUGAAU